CUCCCUAAUCCUAAUUGGGAAUGAAUUAAUCCCACCUCAGUUCCUUUCGGAAAAUCCCAAACAACACCUAUAUAUAUAAUCCCCUUCUCUUUACAUCCUAAACCCUAAACGUAGAUUCGUGAACCGUGCUCAUCGACAUGUCGACCGAGAAAGAGCAUAUCGAAGCUCCUGACGCCACUGACACUGAGGAAGAGGCACAGUUGGCGACGGAAAACUACGAAAGCAAGAAGAUCUCCCUCAAGACCUCCGAUGGCGAGAUCUUCGAGAUCGACGAGAAUGUCGCGAUGCAGUUCCAGACUGUCAAGGCGUUCUUCCAAGAUGAGAGCGUGGCACGCGACAUGGUGAUGCCGGUCCCGAAUGUCCACAGCGGGGAGCUCGUCAAGAUCAUCGAUUUCUGCACCAAAAGCCUAGAUCUGAAUCGGAAGGCGGAGCACGAGGAGGUGUCGAAGAAGGAGCUUAGGAAAUUCAACAACGAUUUCGUCAAGGACGAGACCACCGGUAACGUGAUGGAGCUGACCCUGGCCGCCGAUUACUUGAACGUCGAUCAAAUGCUGGAGGUGCUGAACCAGUGCGUCGCUGAUCGGAUCAAGAACAAGAGCGUCGAGUACGUGAGGCAGUUGUUCGGCGUCGAGAGUGAUUUCACGCCCGAGGAAGAGCAGAAGCUUCGCGACGAGUAUGCAUGGGCUUUUGAAGGAGUCGAUGAAGACUGAAAAUUAAAUCAUAUAUUGUUAGAAAGUUACAGUUUCUUGUUGUCGUUGAAUUUAGGGUUAGGGUUUAUUUUGUGUAAGUUAAAAGAGGAAGA